AUGCCCACUCAGAUUGGCAGUACUGGCUUUGCUGGCCUCUCCGUUGCUAGGCACUUGCUACUAGAAAAUCCUAAGGAUUUGAGGCUAUGCAUUGACAUAUACGAUGAAUUUGGGAUUGGCGGAGGAGCUUCGGGAGUUUCUGGUGGUCUACCACACCCUUAUUCACCUAAAGGUCUGCUGCUCUUGUGGGGUACUGAUUGUUGGAAAGAGUGUUUAAAGCUUUUGAGCAUUGCGGAAGCAGCAGUUGGUCAAAACUCUUAUGGUUUCAUAGUUCGGAGAAGGGGCAUCUUGAGACCAGCAAUGAACAUGAAGAAUCUUCUUAUAUUGAACCGUAAUGCUCAGAAUUGCCUUGCCAGUUGCAGAAUAAAGACCGUUGAUAAGGAAACUGCUCAAAAUCUUGCACCCAAGUUAUGUAUGCCAUUUGAAUCAGCCUUCUAUAUGCCUGAAGCUGUAAAUAUCCAUCCCCAACACUAUCUCCAGGCACUCUUCUUAGCAUGUGAAAAUUUGGUGAAAGAACUAACAACUUCUAGCUUUGGAGAGAAAGAGUUAUGUUUGCAUAAGAAAUCUAUUCACAAACUUCUCGACUUUGAAGGGGAAUAUGAUACAGUGAUGGUAUGUCUAGGUGCCAAAGCAGAUUUGCUUCCAGAGCUCUCAGGAAAGCUUCCUUUGAGGACUUGCAGGGGUGUUGUUGCUCACAUGUUACUGCCUACUGAUAAGGGGUCAAAGUUAUCUUAUGUCUUGUAUAUUCUGCCAGUGUUUCAAAUUAUAUGA